AUGAUUACGUGGCCACAAGCGUUAUCGCCUUAUUGCCGGAAUAAAGGGAACUAUCCUGUUUUGAGGAAUGGGGGAGCUUUGAACAUGUUUCUUGUAGGAAGUGCAAAUGCUUUAGGUCAUUUACAUGCCUAUGGCUUCAUGUUUCACUUUGAGUCAUUCUUAACGCUUAGGCCUUUGUUCGUUUUGUCGCAAAUGAAAAGAGUUGAUGGUGAUAGUUUCCUUAAGGGUUCUCCAUCUUCUUAUCUAGACAAGAGUGGAAGCAUUUAUUCACAGUCAUCAACUAUGAGAGUUACAAGGCGACGCAUGGGUGAGAAUCUGCCUGAAAUAAGCUUGAAAUCGCCUGUUGUGAGGCCUUAUGUCAGAUCAAAAAUGCCUCGGCUAAGAUGGACUCCUGAUCUUCACCACUGCUUCGAACAUGCAGUUGAACGGUUAGGCGGAGAAGACAGAGCUACCCCAAAGAUGGUUUUGCAGAUAAUGAAUGUGAAGGGACUUACAAUCUCCCACGUAAAGAGCCAUCUUCAGAUGUACAGGAGCAUGAAGAAUAAGCAGAUGAUAAAAGAAGCAGCCAUUGAAGUAAGGAGAAAUCAUGAGAAGGUAUCGGAUCCGAUCAACUGCCAACAAAAUCAUCAGCUUAAGGAUGGGAGACCCCUUGAUCGCAAUUCCUUCCAAAAUCUAGGGCCCCGAAUCCUUCCAGCACAAUGGAAUGGAACCAAAGCGAGUAACCAGUUAUCAUACGCAGAAGAGCCAAAUAAAGGAUCUGAGGAGAGAUCAAAUUCAUAUAUCAUCUUCAAGGAUCUGCUCAAAAGUUGCAUGAUCCAGGAAAGCAAUAAGCAAGCAGAGGUGGGGCUACAUGGUGGUGUAGGUUGGAAGUGCAACCAUCAAAGAUUGGUUGACAUAGCUGAUCAUCAGGCAGCAGAGAGAAUAUCUGAUUGUUCAACAUGUCUAUCGCUUAACUCAAAAGUUUCCCACUCAAUGUUAAGACUGGGCAAAGCUGAGACCCUAGAAUUGAAUGAUGUCUCUUUAGAACUCACUCUUGCUUAA